AUGACUGGACGCCAUGGAUAUGAAGGACGCCCGGAGCGUCAGAACGAGUAUUUCAUCCCCGGCGAUGGUAUCAGCCGGGAAGUCAUCCAAGCAGAUAUUUGCCGUUACCUCGGAAAUGAUGCUCUCGGUCGCCAGGGAUACUUUAUUCGAGCUUAUCGGAAUCUCACCUCUGAGAUGAUUGCUGAUCUCAAAGCGGAUUCCGCUCGUUGGGAAGCAGAUGUGAUGCGCCGGGCUGACCAAGGCUAUCCACGAGGUAGUUAUAAUCACGACUACAGCGUUUCCCAAGCGCCUAACAUGAUCCCAGCACAAUACGCAGCUUCUUCCAUUCAUGAAGUGCGCCAACAAACAGGCCCAUCUCCACCACCCACAUACUCUCAGCCUCCUCCUCAACCUUAUGUGGACCCAUAUGCUCAGGCGCCAUAUGCCACAACACAGAGCCCUCCCUACACUGCCCCCUCAUCUUAUCCCUCAAGUCACUCGCCUUUUGCGACAGGACAGGCCCCAUACCCUGCACAGGUUCCCUACUCGGCCCCUGGCCAGCCUGCGGUGUCUGCUGAGAUGCACCCUUCAUACACAUACACGAGCAACACUGGUUAUGCGUAUGAAAAUGGGAGAAAUAAUGCUCCACGCUACACAGGCCCGGGCUAUGAAGCAGAAUCCGAUUAUUCCCCGGUCACUUCUGGAAUGACUUAUCCCGCCACCACAGCCCCUGAUCCCCGGAUAGGAAUGGAUCCCAGAUAUACCCCGGAGUAUGACCGCACUAGACCCCAGGCAACAAGAGAAAGCCAGGCUCCGCGUCGUCCCCGGUAA